AGUAAUUACUGAAUAACUUACUAUAAUAAUUAUUCGGUUUCCGAUUUUGUUUAUUGUUAUGUAUACUCAAAUUUAAAUCCAUUUUUAGAUUUACAAUGUCCGAUACUGAAGAUGUAUACAUGUGUGAAGAUGACGAAGAUUAUGGUCUUGAAUAUUCAGAAGAUAGCAAUUCUGAACCCGAUGUGGACCUGGAAAAUCAAUAUUAUAAUUCCAAAUCACUUAAAGAAAAGGAUCCUAAUGCAUCAUUAGUGUCUUUUCAAAAAGUAUUGGAUCUUGAAGCUGGCGAAAAAGGAGAAUGGGGUUUCAAAGCUUUGAAACAAAUGAUCAAAAUUAAUUUCCGUCUUAAUAAUUUUGAUGAAAUGAUGAAUCGUUAUAAGCAAUUAUUAACAUACAUAAAAACUGCAGUUACUCGGAAUCAUAGUGAAAAAUCUAUAAAUUCAAUUUUAGAUUAUAUUUCAACUUCAAAAAAUAUGGAUUUAUUGCAAAAUUUCUAUGAAACGACUUUAGAUGCAUUGAAAGAUGCUAAGAAUGAUAGACUUUGGUUCAAAACUAAUACGAAAUUGGGUAAAUUGUACUUUGAUUUAGCCGAUUACAAUAAACUGACAAAAAUCCUAAAGCAGUUGCAUGCUUCUUGUCAAACUGAUAAUGGUGAAGACGAUCUUAAAAAAGGCACUCAACUGUUAGAAAUUUAUGCUUUAGAAAUACAAAUGUAUACAGCACAAAAGAACAAUAAAAAAUUAAAAGAACUUUACGAACAGUCACUUCAUAUUAAAUCUGCUAUUCCUCAUCCUUUGAUUAUGGGUGUUAUUCGAGAAUGUGGUGGUAAAAUGCACUUAGAAGAAGGCCAUUUCUCUAAGGCACAUACUGAUUUUUUCGAAGCUUUCAAAAAUUAUGAUGAAUCUGGAAGUCCUCGUCGUACAACAUGCUUAAAAUACCUAGUUUUGGCAAACAUGUUAAUGAAAUCUGGCAUCAACCCAUUUGACUCACAAGAAGCUAAACCUUAUAAAAAUGAUCCAGAAAUAUUAGCAAUGACUAACUUAGUCCAAGCUUACCAGAAUGAUGACAUUAAGGAAUUUGAAACUAUCUUAAAAAAUCAUCGUAAAAAUAUAAUGGAUGAUCCAUUUAUUAGAGAACAUAUUGAAGCCUUGUUAAGUAAUAUUCGUACGCAAGUAUUGAUAAAAUUAAUUAAACCUUAUACUCGUGUUCAUAUACCAUACAUUGCAACUGAACUCAAUAUUGAAGAAAGUGAUGUAGAAAGUCUUUUAGUUACAUGUAUUCUAGAUGAAACCAUUAAAGGCCGUAUUGAUCAGACAAAUCAAGUGUUAACUUUAACACUAGUUGAUUCAGCAACCAACCGUUAUGCAGCCAUAGAUAAAUGGACCAAUCAACUGGCCACUCUCAAUUUAUCUAUUUCGCAAAAAAUAUUUUAAAAAUGUUCAAUGUAAUUUUUUUUUAAAUAAAUAUUUUACAAUAUAUAAAA